UAUAAUAGAUAUACAUUUCGCUACCGUUUCUUAAAGAAACGAUAGCGAAAUAUGGAGUAUUAAUGGUUAAAAAAAAAUUCGAACAAAUAGAUCAGAUCUCUGCCCUCUGCGCUCUACCCGCAUCCAGACCAUUUCCUCACCACCGUCCAUCGCGCAGCUCGCAGCCUCCACCGCUACCGCCUCCGCCUUCCACCGUCGCAGCCACCACCGCCACCAUUGCAGCCUACGCGACUGCGCCUCCGCCCCAGCUGUCGUCACAGCCACUUCCUCCGCCGCUGUGUCUUCCUCCGCAAAUCUGCCACCGCAGCCACCACUAUCACCACAGCCGCCGACACCGCGACCGCCACAACCUUCAUUUGUCGACGCCUGGCCCAGUCGUUUCGAUCUGCACCACCGUGAUCAACGCCGCCUCCACCGCGACGGCCCGAAGAUACUGAUCUGGAACCGACAUUACUUCAAGAUGACAAGGUUGCAUCUCAUAUGAUUUUAGACAAAAUGGGAUUGAAAGGCUAUCAGAUAGGAAAGAACAAGGUCUUUCUGCGGGCUGGUCAGAUGGCUGAGCUUGAUGCUAGAAGAACCUACAAAGUUUUCAUUGCAGCCAGGAUCAUUCAAAGGCAAAUUAGAACCUACAUUACACGGAAGGAAUUAAUUGCAUUGCGUCAAGCUGCAGUUCAAAUGCAAUCAUGUUGGCGAGGUAUCCAUUUGGCAACACUUACUAUUCUGUUGGAGAGAAGGGAGUUCCUGUGAAAAUGGUUGCUGCCGGUGCUGAACAUACAGCUGCUGUGACAGAAGAUGGCGAGCUUUACGGUUGGGGCUGGGGUCGAUAUGGUAAUCUGGGUUUAGGUGACCGAAAUGAUCGCUUAGUUCCUGAAAAAGUUUCAGCUAUACAGGGAGAAAAGAUGGUAAUGGUAGCAUUUUAUGUAUUUUUGCUAUGACAUAUUUAACAGAAUUGAGUGAGAUUGUACCUUCAUUUUGGAAAUCAACUGACAAUGUGUUGGCUAGGACUUGUGUAGGCUGAUCAAGAGGUGAAUUCAAGUCCUCAUUGCUUGAUCUCUGCAUCUGCAUGAAUUCCAAGAAGUUCUUGAAAUCAUUCUGAGUGAAGGACAUGCCUUCAUCUUUGACAUUGGGUUGCUGAGUUGCAAAUGAGCAUUGGAGUUGGUUAACUGAUCCUUGGCUUUUUGAUCUUGGUUUCCAGCCAGGUGGAUAACCAUGCUUUUUAUAGCAUUUAUCCUGGGUGUGGGCUGUGUAACCAUAGUGAGUACACACUGGUCUCUUGUUAGCAGUUUGCGUCCUUUUGUAACCUUGUUGAAAUCCCCCAUCACCCUUAGCCAUGAACACACUUCCUAUAACAUUGUUUUCACCUGCUUGGUGUAGCUGACUGCCAAAACCAACACUGGCCAACUGAAAUUGCCUCUCCUGUUGAGCAAUCAUGGAGUAGGCUUCAUUGACAUAUGGUAGAGGCCUCAUGAGCAUAAUCUGUUUCCUAGUUGCUGUAUAUUUCUCAUGUAGCCCAAUCAAGAAAA